CUGAGUACAUAAUGAGUUUUUGUUGCACGCAUUUGUGAUGGGUAUAGUUUAAGAUUAUUAUUAAAGUAUUCUUUCAAAGAUAACCAUAUUCACUAAAAACAAAAUAAAUAAUCCGUUUCUUAGCAGUAGAAUUGAUAUUUUCAUACGUAUAUUCUUAGAGAAGAAAAAGUCUUAGCCAUAUAAUCUUUUAAUGGCAAUGGUCAUGAUGAAAGAUUGUCCGUACUUGUUAUAUAUAUUUAUUAGAGUGGGGGGAGGACAAGUUUUACGGCAGAAAGCAGUUGGUCACGGUAUUGUAAUCCUAGUAUGUAAGGAUAAGAAUAGCUGUUGUCUUUAUACGUGCUCGCACAGCAGAAAAGCCGUAAUGUAAUAUCAUGCACGCUUGCUAACUGCUUUAUGCCAAUAACUUAUAUUAAGACUUUUAUUCUACCAGAUAAGCGCACACCUGUUUCCUAUACUCAAGGUACAUCAUCCCUUCAGAAGAUCUCUACCAGAUCUAAUUUCGGGAACUUGCCAACUGAAAACAUGCAAGACCAUCCUUCGCCAUUACACUCCACAAUCAAUGAACAAAUAAGGGUCCUAACUGUGAAUCAUGGGGAACAUCUGGAUGGGAUAUUGUACAGAUUGAAGAAAGGUUGGAUAGUCGAGUUUCGGCUCGGAGCUUCCCUCCUUGGGAAAACGCUUGAUGUUUUUAUAAAUCAUCCGUUGUCGACUGACAAGGAAUUUGAGAGACAUACUUACUAUCAGUUACAAUGGAUCGACGAAUCGGCGAGCAUACGUUUAACUUUGCCUGGAUCAUUCCAUUAUUAUGUCACUGAUCAAAUCGAGGGGUACAUAAAACCCGUCGCAUCCGGAUUCUUAUUGGUGGAUCCUGAGUUAAAAGUUGGCGAAAAUGAGGAAAAACUACCUCUCGAUUGCAUUCAAAUGCAAACAGUUCUAGCAAAAAGUUUAGGACCUUUUUCUACGUGGGAAAGUAAAUUACUGGUAGCACAAAAUUCUGGAUACAAUGCAAUUCAUUUUACGCCGAUACAGGAAUUGGGACAUUCUAAAUCGUCAUAUAGCCUGAAGAAUCAAGCCAAACUCAAUCCAAUUUUUAACGAAAAUGAUAAGAUAAUUACUCAUCGCGAUAUCGAAACGCUUACAAAUAAAAUGCGAACUGAGUGGAAGAUGUUGAGCAUAUGCGAUGUUGUUCUGAAUCAUACAGCGAACGAGAGCCCUUUCUUGGUCUCUCACCCGGAAUGCACAUACAACUGCAUUAACAGUCCUCAUUUACGUCCAGCAUACAUCUUGGAUGCAGUGCUAUUUGAAUUGACAACUCAAGUGGCCUCUGAAGCCUGGGAAUUUAAAGGUAUUCCUACCGUCGUUGACACCGAGGAUCAUCUGAAUGCUAUUCGUCACGCUCUUCACACCCAUUUCUUGCCGCUAGUGAAGAUACACGAGAUGUAUAUCGUCGAUGUUAACGAAAUUUUAGCGGAAUUCUUAAGCUUGGCGCGUAACGAAGUGCCACAAGAUGUAAAUAAUACGGCUACUGAAGAUAUAACGGUGAUUCAAGAUCCGGAUUUUCGUAGAUUAAAGUCAAAAAUAAAUAUGCAGCUCGCUCUGAAAAAGUACAACACAUACAGAGCUGAUUGCUUCGAUGAGGAAACUCGCCUGAAACGAUGUGCGGAAGACUUUAAGAAUAAAUUACAAGAACUCAAUGAAGCUAUUAUCAAUGACGUGCAAAAUCACCUGAACGCUGCCGUUGAGAAUAGUAUUGCUGGUAUACGAUAUUUCAGAGUACAGUCCGAUGGUCCGAGACUCAAGGAGAUUAGCGAAAAGCAUCCUCUGGUUCCCAGAUAUUUCACUGAUUACGAAGUACCUAAAUCUUUAGCGGAAAGAGAAAGUAUAAUGUAUUCAGAUAACGGAUGUUAUCUCAUGGCGCACAAUGGUUGGGUCAUGAACGGCGAUCCUUUGAAGAAUUUCGCGGAGCCUGAUUCUAACGUGUAUAUUCGAAGGGAACUUAUCGCUUGGGGAGAUAGUGUGAAACUCAGAUAUGGGCAGAAACCAGAAGAUUGUCCUUUCUUAUGGCAGCACAUGAUGGCUUAUGUGGAACAAACGGCGCAAAUAUUCGAUGGUAUUCGACUGGAUAAUUGCCAUUCCACUCCGAUUCCCGUUGCCGAGUAUCUACUCGACGCUGCACGACGAGUCCGCCCAGAUCUCUAUGUUGUCGCAGAAUUGUUUACUAAUUCCGAUCAAAAGGACAACAUCUUUGUAAAUCGUCUUGGCAUCACAUCUUUAAUAAGAGAAGCUAUGUCUGCAUGGGAUAGUCACGAAGAAGGAAGAUUAGUAUAUCGAUAUGGAGGGGAGCCAGUUGGAGCGUUCCUGCAGUCACGAAAGCGGCCAUUAGUACCGAGCAUAGCCCACGCUUUGUUUCUAGACGUGACCCACGAUAAUCCCAGUCCGGUGGAGAAACGAAGUACCUUUGAUCUACUUCCGAGCGCCGCACUCGUGUCGAUGGCGUGCUGUGCCAGUGGCAGCAAUCGCGGAUACGACGAAUUGGUACCUCAUCAUAUUCACGUGGUGGAUGAGAAAAGGCAGUACGCUUCCUGGAUAGAGAACGAUAUAGUGGACAAUGUUAAGUUUGUGAACUCAAAAACUGGUAUAAUUGCAGCUAAAAAGGCACUAAAUGAUCUCCAUUACAUGCUUGGUCAACAAAAAUUUUCACAAGUAUUUGUUGAUCAAAUGGAUACUGACAUAGUGGCUGUAACGAGACACUCGCCGUCUACUCACGAGAGUGUAGUUCUGGUCGCGUUCACGGCAUUCAAACACCCGGACUGUAAUGCCCAUGAUCUGCGAAGACAUGUAAAACCAUUGAGAGUAGAGGGUGUAGUGGAAGAAAUUAUUUUAGAAGCGUCGCUCUCGCAUGCUGAUGCUAAAGAUGGCAAAUCACCUUUUCUUUCGCCUCAGAAAUAUGUGCAGGCUGAAGACGUUAUAAAUGGAUUGUCUGAAUAUACUUUGAGUCUUAAACAGCAUAUACAAUGCUGUGACUCCACAAUGAUCGAGAAGGUCGAUUCCGGCGAUUCUAAGAUCACGCAGCUUAACUUCGUUAACUUCCAACCCGGUUCCGUUGUAGCUAUACGAGUGGCCCUCCACGCAAAUAUAAUACCUGCUUUAGAGAAGCUCCAGGAUACUAUCUCACAGAUUACUUUGAAUGAGAAAUCAGACUUACAUGAUAUAAUUUCUCGCAUGGAUUUUUCGGAUUUGAAUAAAACCUUGUACAGAUGUGACCAAGAAGAACGAGACGAAACCCAAGGCAAAUUUGGGGUAUAUAUUGUGCCAGGAUACGGACCUGGAUUGGUAUAUGCCGGAUUACAAGGUGUUAUAUCUUUACUGGCUGAUAUUCGUCCAAAUAACGACUUAGGACAUCCCUUAUGUGCCAAUCUUAGACAGGGUAACUGGUUAAUAGAUUACUUGUGGCAGCGCCUGAAAGAGGAUGACGGUACUAAUCUCCUUGGCGUAUGGCUUGAACAAGCGGUGGAACCAUUCAAGUUAAUCCCGAGAUACCUUGUGCCGUGCUACUUUGAUGUUAUAGUUGUGAAUGUUUAUAGGAUUCUUUUGAAUCACUGUUACAACUUGUUAUCGAACUUUAUUCAGAAUGGAACUACAUUCAUUAAAUUACUGAGCUUGGUCUCGGUGCAAGUGGGCGGUGUAGUAAGAUCGUCGCAGUUGCCAGAUUUGUCGCCGAAUCUCAGUCCUCCUAAACCAAAAACUAAAAUUUAUGAGGGGAUGGCUAAGCAAGCAUGUUUAACAUUAUCGGCAGGCUUGCCACAUUUUACGACAGGUUACAUGAGAAACUGGGGUAGGGAUACCUUCAUCGCUCUCAGAGGGCUGUUUCUUCUUACGGGUAGGCAUGUCGAAGCGAGAUUUAUUAUCCUUGGAUUUGCUGGUACUUUGCGACACGGUCUGAUACCUAAUCUACUCGAUAAAGGAAGUAAUGCGAGAUUCAAUUGCCGUGAUGCUGUAUGGUGGUGGCUUUACACCAUAAAAUGUUAUACCGAGGAAGUCCCAGAUGGCUUGAGUAUCCUUUCUGAUAAAGUCUCGAGAUUGUUCCCGACUGACGAUUCACCAGCUUUGCCAGCAGGGCAACAUGACCAACCGCUGCAUGAAGUAAUUCAAGAAGCUCUCACGGUACACUUUCAAGGUCUCUGCUUCAGAGAGAGAAAUGCCGGGAAACAGAUUGACGAACACAUGACCGAUCGCGGAUUCAAUAAUCAAAUCGGCGUUCAUCCUGAAACCGGCUUUGUAUUUGGCGGUAACGAUGCUAAUGCCGGCACUUGGAUGGACAAGAUGGGAUCUUCCCAGAAAGCCAGUAACAAAGGCAAACCAGCCACGCCAAGAGACGGCUCCGCCGUUGAGAUAGUUGGACUGAGCAAAUGCAUUCUUAGCUUUCUGGCCGAAUUGUACAAGCAAAAUCUCUUCCCAUACGGCAGCGUUCAACGUAAAAGUCGCGAUGGUAGCACAAUAACUUGGAGUUAUAAGCAAUGGGCUGACAGAAUUCAAACAAACUUCGAAAAAUACUUUUACGUAAAUGAGACUCCGACGCAGGACGAAUUGAAACCCAAUUUGAUUCAUCGGCGAGGUAUAUUCAAGGACAGUUACGGAGCGACUCAAGAAUGGGCAGAUUAUCAGUUGCGACCUAACUUUCCCAUCGCGAUGGUUGUUGCUCCGGAAUUGUUUAAUCCUCAUCAUGCCUGGACAGCGUUGAAGAAAGCGGAGGAGUUACUAUUAGGACCGCUAGGAAUGAGAACGCUAGAUCCUGCAGAUUGGGCGUAUAAUGGGUAUUACGACAAUUCCAACGACAGCACUGAUACUAAAGUAGCGCAUGGAUGGAAUUAUCAUCAGGGGCCUGAAUGGGUCUGGCCGAUAGGAUAUUUCCUACGAGCGCGUUUGCAUUUCGCAUCAUUAAUCAAUGAUAAGGACGAAUUACAUCGUACGGUCGAGUCGACCAAUACUAUUAUUUCACGGCACUUCAUCGAAGCAUCCACCAAUCAUUGGCGAGGCCUCCCCGAGCUUACCAACAAGGACGGAGCUUACUGUGCGGAUAGUUGUCGCACCCAAGCGUGGAGCGCUUCAACUAUAUUGGAGGUAUUGUACGACUUGCAGAAGAUCAAACAGGAAUUGCAAUCUGAUCGAAUGAAAUCCGGGAAUUGAUAUCAUUUUGCGUGUGUUCAUCAUCACCAGUUACACUUAGAACAAUUAAAAUUAGAGGCGAAAUGUAGUGACGCUAGAAACGGAGCGGACAACACGAAUAUGAGCCUUCCCACAAAAGCAAUAACGACACCGCGCACAUCAGAAACACACGCAUAUCGUAUACCGCACGUAGGCGUAACAAACACUAUGCAAAUCUGCAAAUCCGUAGUCGCUGCAACUGAUAAUGCAUCCUCAAAGAACGAUGCUCUGAUUGCCGCUGAGGAAAGAUCAAUCUCUGCGAUUUAUAGAAAAUGCGAAAAAAAUGGCUCAAACUUUGGUAGCUCGUAUGAUUCAAAGGAAAUUUCAUCAGAUGUGAGAGACGAAGAACCCCUCGAUGAUCAACGAAAAGCUAAGAAUUACAAUCGACAACAGGCGAUAAUUGGAAACAAUAAAUUUCUAACUCUAUCGAAUGUCGAUCAUGUUUACGAAGAAGUUAGAACGAUCAAGGAGCCACGUGGUAAUUCGUACGAGUACGACAUUCGAGAUUACUAUGAGAAAUAUAGCCCAACCACAGCAAAAACUCUAAUAGAAACGCUUUUUUUGUCACGGCAUGCAAUUUGCAAGGAAUGCGCGAAAAUGAAAGGCAGCCCGGUGUACACCGAUCGCUUGAUAUACACGAAAGAGCCAUUGUUUGCCAUAGAGGUGGCUUUGUGUCAAUGUGGCGAUGAUGUUUCAUGUUUCAAAUAUUCGCACGAGGAUACCGAGGAAAAUACCUUUCACUCGCAAUAUCGAAGUCAAAAUUUUAUGCUAGUUUACAGUUACACGAAGACCAACGCCGCAAGUAUACUCUGUCCUCAGUAUCGGUCCCGAGACGUCUUUGACUUGCAACCGCUAUUGAAGCCGAGCAUCAACGUUGUAAAUCGUGCUCGUUGCAAACUCGUAGUAAACACCCAGUUGUAUCAUCGCUACAUAAAUAGCUAUCACAUGAGAACAUCAAGAGCCGGCUGCAUACCCAAGACAUUUUACCAUGACCGUGGCAACGAGAUAAGCUGUACGAAACGCAUUAACUAUAAUGAUUCACAAGAUCCAUCGAUUUAUCAGAAGCGCCCAUUAAAGGACAGCUAUAGCAAUGGACAUCAGGACAAUAGAUCGAGCUUGUUGCUGCUGGAACCACUAUUGCUAAUGCCAGAAUCGAAUUCUCCCAGACAUCAAGAAGAGAACAUCAAGAAACAUAUGUCGCGGUCGGAACGCACGAAAAUUAGCAGAAUAAUAAUGGCCUACGCAUUAUCGUUUUUUAUUCUCGCGAGUAUUACAUUUUAUAUCGUUUAUUUUACCUAGAUCGGUUGUUUGUUAAACUUGUGGUGAGAUAUUUAAAGAAAAUUUAAUUACAUGUGGAUGUUAUGUGGUACAUUUAUUGUCAUUAAUUUUACGUUACAUUUGUUACGAAGUGUUGUCAUCAAAUAUUUAACGGAAUGAUCAAAAUUAUACAUAUAUAUAUAUAUAUGAUUAAUUUAUGUUUUGUCGUUACAUAUGUAUAUAUUUUAUGUCUGUUAACGAAUAAUUCGCUGAUUCAUUAAUGACAAGAAAUUGUUCUGAAGUAUACAAAUUAUUAACGAUCUUAAUCAUUAAAUUUGCAUCACUAUGAGCAAA